CCCGGCCGGGCGCAGCCGCCCCAUCCUCCGCCUGCAGGAGCGGAGCCGCCCCGCCGCCCGGCAGCGAGCCCUGUGCUGAGCCCCUCCGCAUCCCCGAGCCUCCCCGGGCAUCCUCGGAACCUUCUGUGCAUCCCCCCGACCCUCUGUGCCCCCCCAGCCUCGCCACCCCCUUGCAUGCGGCCCCCGGGCUGCGGGAGCCGCUGGCCAUGGGCACGAAGCAGACCAAGGGCUGCCAGCCGGGCAGCGCCGGGGAGAGCCCCCCGGGCCACCACCGCAAGAAGGUGUCCCCCAGGGAAAGGGGGGAUUUCCUGGCUUCCCUCGUGGCCAAGUCCGGCGAGAAGUUCGGGAAGGGCGCUGGCCCCGGCUUGCCCCCGUACCACCGGCGGAUCUGCAUGAUCCAGGACAUGCUGCUGCUGGUCAAGCAGGGCAAGCAGGAGGAGGCCACCGAGCUGCUGAAGAACCUGCGGCAGGAUUUGGGGAUGGAGUCCACCUCUCUGGAUGAUGUCCUCUAUCGUUACGCCAGCUUCCGAAACCUGGUGGAUCCCAUCACCCACGACCUCAUCAUCAGCCUGGCAAGAUACAUCCACUGCCCCAAACCAGAAGGAGACUCCCUGGGAGCCAUGGAGAAGCUCUGCAGGCAGCUCACCUACCACCUGAGCCCCCACUCGCAGUGGAGACGCCAGGGCAUCAUGAAGAGGAAGCCGCAGUCCUGCUUGAAGGCCGUGCUGAUGGGGAAGCCCCAGGACAACACGGUGGACUUGUCAGGCAUCCCUCUGACCCCGAAGGACGUGGAGAGGGUGACGUCCUACCUGGAGCACAGCUCGGAGCACAUCGACACGGUGGAGCUGUGCUUCACGGAGCUGACGGACGAGCUGCUGCUGCAGCUGCUGCCCGCGCUCUGCUGCCUGCCCCGCCUCACCACGCUGGCCCUCAACGGCAACCGCCUCACCAAGGCCAUCCUCAGGGACCUCACCGAGACCCUCAAGGACCCCAAGAAGUUCCCCAGCGUCACCUGGAUCGAUCUGGGCAAUAACGUGGAUAUUUUCUCGCUGCCCCAACCCUUCUUGGUCAGCCUGAAGAGGCGAUGCCCCAAGCAGGGUAACCUGCCGACCAUCCUGGAGUUUGGGGAGGGGCAGGUCAGUGAUGUGGAGGGGCAGGAGGGGCUGGGGGACAGCCAGGAGGAGCUGAGGGCUGUGCCAGGCCAGGCUGGCAGCACGGACUGCGAGCACAUGGACACAACAGCUGAGGCUGGCGAGCUCCCCGGCCCGGAGCAAGGUGCUGCCACACCACAGACAUGAUGUCCAGCCCUUGGGUGGGCACCUUGAGCAAGGAUGACUUCAAACCUCAGAGCUGGGAGCGUCUGUUCCCACUCCUGGGUGCUCCAAGAGUCCCAGCUGCUGCCUUCCCCCUGUGCCACGAAUGUCAGUGAUUUUCUUCUUGAAGAACACAUAAAAGUGAUCACGUAGAGUGUCUGUAUUUUCUAACAGCUGGCCAGGUGUUUUGAAGCAUUAGUGGUGUGCUGUGCUUUUGGCUCUCUCAGAAAUGUGUCUCCAAGGGGCUGCAAAACCUCAGAAGGGCAAGAAAAGGGAGCAGGGAGGUGUCCAGGCUGUGCAGGGAGGGGCUCCCUUUCCUCAGUGCUGGAUCUCAGCUGCUCCCCACGUGUCUUGGACAGACAGCAGCCACCCCAAAGGGACCUGCCUGGGAUAAACCUUCAAUCCCUCCCACUCCUGACUUCAGGAAUCCCUGGUGAGAGGCGUGGCUGCUGAGAAACAACAUAAACCUGCUCACACACACACCAGGGUGAAAAACCUGCUCCCGCACAAACCAGGGGUGUUCCUCUCAGUAUGGUGAGCCCAGCCCAGAGGGAGAGCUUUGUUUUCCUGGGGCAGGGUUAAAUCCCAGCCUGCAGCGUGCCUGGACACCUCCCUCACCUCCAGCCUUACCAAAAGCAGGCUGGCAGCUGUGCCUGCCCAGGAUUUAUCCAGUAAAACCCAGUUUCCCACCAGAUGUAAAAACUCC